AUGGGUUUACUCCUUCAGAGUGUGCCGAGCUUAUCUAACUGGCUGGAAACACACAGGCCUCAGGCCUCAGCACUGAAGAGGACCAGCAAACUGUUCAUUGGAACUUUAGGAAAAGCAAAAGAGCAAUCAUCAUCAAUGUCAAAGAAAACCUACAAACGGCUGAAGCCCUUGGUGGAGGAGAUUGCAAUGGUCCUUGGGCUUUCAUCACAGGGAAAUGCAGGACAAAAGCAGGGUCUGAUAUGGGUGCUGGACAGUCACCAAUCCUAG